GCGUGCGUGUUUGCGGCUGAAACCCGACACCUCCCGCCGGCCGAGGUCAGGGCGCCGCGGGCGAGCCGGGGCCGGGAGUGGGCGGCGCUGCGCCUGGGUGUGUCCGCGGCGACAGCAGCAGGUGUUUCUUGGCCGGGGCCCCGGAAGCUCCACCUCCCCGCGGGCCCGGGCGGCCGCCGCCGAGCAGCCCCGGGUGAGAUAAGCAGUUUAGACAAACACUGGGCGACGGCGGCUCCAGCAUGCGUCGGGCGAGGCGGCGCUGCGGGGCCCGGGCAUGAAAGGCAUGAGCCAUGAGCCCAAGUCUCCUUCGCUAGGGAUGCUUUCCACCGCGACCAGGACCACCGCCACCGUCAGCCCCCUCACGCCCUCGCCGCUCAAUGGCGCCCUGGUGCCCAGUGGCAGCCCCGCCGCCAGCAGUGCGCUGCCGGCCCAGGCCGCGCCAUCCUCCAGCUUUGCCGCCGCGCUGCGCAAGCUCGCCAAGCAGGCCGAGGAGCCCAGAGGGUCUUCACUGAGCAGCGAGCCGUCCCCCGUGUCCUCGCCGGCCACCAACCACAGCUCCCCGGCCAGCACCCCCAAGCGCGUGCCCAUGGGCCCCAUCAUCGUGCCCCCCGUGGGCCACAGCGUCCCCAGCACGCCCCCCGUUGUGACCAUCGCCCCCACCAAGACGGUCAACGGCGUGUGGAGGAGCGAGAGCCGCCCGGAGUCCGGCUCGAGGGGCAGCAGCAGCGGUCGGGAGCGCCUCGUCGUGGAGCCGCCACUGCCCCAGGAGAAGGCGGGGGGCCCGGCCAUCCCCUCGCACCUGCUCAGCGCCCCCUACCCCUUCGGCCUCUCGCCCAGCUCCGUGGUGCAGGACUCCCGGUUCCCACCGCUGAACCUGCAGCGGCCCGUGCACCACGUGGUGCCCCCCAGCACCGUGACCGAGGACUACCUCCGAAGCUUCCGGCCCUACCACACGGCCGAGGACCUGCGGGUAUCCUCCCUGCCGCCCCUCAGUCUGGACCCAGCUGCGGCCGCCGCCUACUACCACCCCGGCUACCUGGCCCCGCACCCCUUCCCGCACCCGGCAUUCAGGAUGGAUGACUCCUACUGCCUGUCGGCCCUGCGGUCGCCCUUCUACCCCAUCCCCGCGCCCGGCUCCCUGCCCCCGCUGCAUCCGUCGGCCAUGCACCUGCACCUGUCGGGGGUGCGGUACCCGCCGGAGCUGUCGCACUCGUCCCUGGCAGCGCUGCACGCCGAGAGGCUGUCGGGCCUCAGCGCAGAGAGGCUGCAGCUGGACGAGGAGCUGAGGCGCGAGCGGGAGCGCGAGGCCGAGCGGGAGCGUGAGAAGGAGCUGGAGCGGCAGCGCGAGGCCGAGCGCGAGCGGGAGCUGGAGCGCGAGAAGGAGCGCGAGCGGCAGCGGGAGCAGCGGAACCGCGAGAAGGAGCCGCUGGCCGCCAAGGCGCCCGAGCCCGCCUUCCCGCCGGGGCCGGGGCCCGAGCUGCACGCGCUGCGCGGCCACGCCGCCGAGGAGCGGCCCCGGCCCCCGGAGCAGCUGACCCCGACGCGAGCAGACAAGCUGAAGGAGUCGGGCCUGCAGGCGCCCAAGCCCGUGCAGCACCCCCUGCACCCGGUGCCCGCCCCGCCCCACGCUGUGCCCAGCCUGAUCUCCACGCACGGCAUCUUCCCGCUGCCGGGCAGCAGCGCCGCCACGGCCCUGCUCAUCCAGCGCACCAACGAGGAGGAGAAGUGGCUGGCCCGGCAGCGGCGGCUGCGGCAGGAGAAGGAGGACCGGCAGUCCCAGGUGUCCGAGUUCCGGCAGCAGGUGCUGGAGCAGCACCUGGACCUGGGCCGGCCCGCGGCGCCGAUGGAGGCGGAGCAUCGGCCCGAGAGCGCCAGGCCGGGACCAAACCGCCAUGAGCCGGGCAGCCGGGACCCCCCGCAGCACUUUGGUGGGCCGCCGCCUCUGAUCUCGCCCAAGCCCCAGCACCACGCCGUGCCCACAGCCCUCUGGAACCCGGUGGCCCUCAUCGACAACCCCCUGGAGACGCGGCGGGCCGAAGGCCACCCGCUGCACGGGCACUCGGCCGCGUUCGAGCCCAGCCGCCCGGCCGCCGUGCCGCUGGUGAAGGUGGAGCGGGUCUUCUGCCCGGAAAAGGCCGAGGAGCCCCGGAAGCGCGAGGCGGCGCCCCUGGACAAGUACCAGCCCGCGCCGCGGGAGGCGGGCAGCUUGGAGCCGCAGGCCUUCGCCCACGGGCCCGGGCCCUUCCUGGCCGAGCUGGAGAAGUCCACACAGACCCUCUUGGGCCAGCAGCGGGCCUCCCUGCCGCCGGCAGCCACCUUCGGGGAGCUCAGCGGGCCCUUGAAGCCGGGCUCGCCCUUCCGCCACGCGGCACCCCGGGGCCCUGACCCCGCCUACAUCUUCGACGAGUUCCUGCAGCAGCGCCGGCGGCUGGUCAGCAAGCUGGACCUGGAGGAGCGCCGGCGGCGAGAGGCGCAGGAGAAAGGGUACUACUACGACCUGGACGACUCCUACGACGAGAGCGACGAGGAGGAGGUGCGGGCCCACCUCCGCUGCGUGGCCGAGCAGCCGCCCCUGAAGCUGGACACGUCCUCCGAGAAGUUGGAGUUCCUGCAGCUGUUCGGCCUGACCACGCAGCAGCAGAAGGAGCAGCUGGUGGCGCAGAAGCGGCGGAAGCGCCGGCGGAUGCUGCGGGAGAGGAGCCCGUCACCGCCGGCGGCGCGGAGCAGGCGGCGGUCGCCGUCGCCGAGGCCGGUGCUGUCCACCCGCUACAGCCCCGACGACAUGAACAGCAGCCCGAACCUGGAGGAGAAGAAGCGGUUCCUGACCGCCUUCAACCUCACACACGUCAGCGCCGAGAAGAGGAAAGACAGAGAGAGACUUAUGGAACUGCUGCGCGCCGUGAGGCAGAAGGCCCUGGCGGCGGCCGACUUGCUGAGCAGCUCGCCGAGGGACAGUCCCGCCGUCUCCCUGAGCGAACCAGCCGCACAGCCAGCCUCCCUGGAGACCGAGAAGCCUGUGGGUGUCGCUGCCUCCCUGCCCGACGUCCCGAGGGCCACGGAGCCUGGGAGACUGGAACAGCUCCGCCCCCCAGAGUCGGCUCCUGCCAGCGGUGAGAAGGCCAGGCUGAGCGAGGCCCCCGGGGGCAAGAAGAGCCUGAGCAUGCUCCAUUCCAUCCGGGGUGCCGCGCCCAAGGACAUUCCUGUGCCGUUGUCCCACAGCAUCAACGGGAAGAGCAAGCCCUGGGAGCCCUUCGUGGCAGAAGAGUUUGCACACCAGUUCCACGAGUCCGUGCUGCAGUCCACCCAGAAGGCCUUGCAGAAGCAUAAAGCUGCGCUGUGCACGGAGCAGAACCACAAGGUCGACACUUCCGUCCACUACAACAUUCCUGAGCUGCAGCCCCCCGCCCGGGCUGCUCUGCCCCAGCACAACGGGCAGCAGGAGCCGCCCACCGCGAGGAAGGGCCCCCCCGCGCAGGAGACGGACGGGGACUCGGAAGAGGACGACGAUGGAGACGAGGACGACGACGAGGACGACGCGGCCCCCAGGCGCAAGUGGCAGGGGAUCGAGGCCAUCUUUGAAGCUUACCAGGAACACGUAGAAGAGCAAGACCUGGAGCGGCAGGUGCUGCAGACACAGUGCCGGCGGCUGGAGGCCCAGCACUACAGCCUCAGCCUCACCGCGGAGCAGCUCUCGCACAGCAUGGCGGAGCUGAGGACCCAGAAGCAGAAGAUGGCGUCGGAGAGGGAGCGGCUCCAGGCGGAACUGGACCACUUACGGAAGUGCCUUGCCUUGCCCGCGCUGCACUGGCCCAGGGGCUACUUUAAGGGAUUCCCUAGGUGACGGUUUCCCUUACGCCAGGCUGAACCUAUAGUAUAGAAAUAUUAUCUAUUUUAUUACCUUGAAUAUUUAAUAUUUUUCACUGGGAGGUUUGAAGCUUAAAAAUAAACAAAGAAUGUGCCAUGCAUGAAGCAGGACUCCAGAGACAGCGCGAACCCCCCUCGGCCGCACCGCAGCUCUGUCACCUCCUGGUCAGCGAGCCCUGGCGCCGCCCCGUCCUACCAACACUACACGGCCCCCUGUGGCCCCCGCGUGUGGUUGGGAUCACAGCUCUGGGUCUUGGUUGCUGUGCCGGGGUGGAGGGCUGGGGGCGUGGUAAGUCGAGGGCUUCCGCGUUUGAGUUGCUUUCCUGCAAAAAUGGUCUUCAGAACCACCACAAGGCUUUGCUGGGAAAAGCGCUUGCCUAGAGCUAACCCGCACUCAGACUGGAGGUGCCCUUCCUCGGGGUGCACAGGGCUGGGCCGGCCCGCACGUGCCCACCACGCGGGGACUGCGUGGGGGGUGUUCACACAAACGUCAAUUUUGAGAGAAAAGUCAAAAGGUGCUUCAGCCUUGUACUGUGUAUAUAUUAAAGUUUUGUAUGUUUUUAUUACUUUAAUUAUUGUUAUAAAAAGCCUGCCAUUUUUAAUAUGUGGUUUGGGGAAGUUUUGUUUGUUUUUCCUGUUUGGGGGUUUUGUUUGUUGUUUGUUUUUCUGGGCAAAAAAUGCUUUUUAGUGUUUGUACUGCUGCUGGUCAGGACAUUAAAAGCCUCAAGUGUUUUUAACAAAGAAGGAAAGCGCGAGCUUCCCCCGCGCCUAGGCCGUCCCCGCUCCUGGCGCUCUCGCUGGGAACCACGGGCUCCUCGUCCCCUCCCCCCAGCACCUGGACAAGCUCAUAGCAAAUACAACCCAUCGCUAGCCAGUGAGGGGGGACGCAGGUCCUGCACGUGACAUCCACCUGUGCAGCCUGGGUGGUCUCAGGAAGCAGUCUCCGCCGUGCCUAGGGCUCUGAGGUGCCGGAGAGCAGGUGCAGAGUAGAAACUGUAGAUGCAAAGCUUUGUGAAACCUGAAGUAGGGUAAGCGACAUCUGAGCUGGCCCCUCCCCACAUCUGUGACGGGACAGUGACUGUCACCACGUGGCAGGGUUUGGUGCCCGGCUGCUGCUCACGCAGGCAGUGUUAAACGCACGUCAGGAAGGCCCCUCGGGUCUCCGGGACCUACCCUGAGGUCCAGACAGCGAAGGCACGGGGCUGGGGGCGGGCUGGGCGGCGGUCGAGUGGCUGACCCUUGUCCCCGCUGCAGUCGGUGGCUGAGCCUUGUUGUGCGGAGCGGCUGGCUGGCAGCUGGCACGGAGCUGCUUAUCUGCCCCCACGCAGCCUGCUCUGUACGUCUGCCAAGAAGCUUCCCGUUACGAGCAAACUCAAAGUGCCGCCAGUAUUAUCAGCAGUAACAAGGCCUUCCUCUCUGAGGACGGAGGGCUGUGUGGGGCCUGCUCCCCUGCAGACGGUGAGGCGGCUCCCUCUCCCUGCAUUUCUCCACUUCAGUCUGCAGGCGUUUCCGGCCUGAAGGCGUAGGAGCCCCAUCUGAGCGUCCCGGCCACCUCCUGCGUGCUUUGGCUACCGGCUUUGAUGAGGGCCGUGGUUAAACCUAAGGGGACAAAGUAGACCUCAGGACGCAGAGGCAGGCAAGGCCCCUUUCUUACCAAGGAGUGCCCACCCCUUGGUUGGAUUUGUUUUGCUGGAGUUGUGGCACCUGGGAGAGGUGUGCCUGGGGAGGAGGCCCCUCGCCUGUCCUGACACUCCUCUGUCCUCACCGUCUUCCCUGGUCUGCCGAGACCGUUAGCUCUCGUGCUCAAGUAGCCGACAGGCAGGACAUUCCCGAGGUCAGGCGGCACUAUCCCGAGGAAGGCUGGGUGGCCCCAGUCACAGCAGCCGCCGUCCCACUCCUCUCCAGGCCACUCUAAGAGGACACAGCAGCAUCUGCUUGCAGUCGGGCUUCAGUGAGCUCCUUGUCCAGAAACGCAGGGUGCAGCCCCUGUCCGUAUCCACCCAAGACCCUGGUCCCUCACGUCCAGGAAGAGACGGCUGCCAUCCGUCCUUUGACGGGGGCUCGUUAGGCCUAGGAGGGGCCCCUCCCAGGGAUGGGUCAGGUUCCACACUUAAUCAGGUCUUUAAAUCAAGUUGCUUUUGUUUCCCAUCGACAGCCAAACCGACACAAUCAAGGCGCAUGCUCCCAACCCGUAGCUUCAGCUAAGUGCCCAAGAUGGGAUUCGCCACACUUUAGUCUGCGGCCUCACAGGAGUCACACUCCACUGGCAUUCGCCUCCUCACAGGGGAGUGUAGAAGGCAGCCGGUGCCCUCAGCUCAGUCACCCCAAGAUUGAAUGCUCUCUUCCUCACAUACAGCCAAGUCUCAGUGAAGCAGAAUUUCAGACCCCGCUCCCUCGGCCCUGAGUGUAGAACGCGCCCAGGCCUGCCACCAGGUGGAGACGGUUAGCGCACGCCAGCUCCGCCCCAGUAGCCUCCCAGCAGCGGCUGCUCACAGUUGCCUGUCCCCACCCCGAGACCAGUGCUCCGCUCCUUGUCUGCCUUGACCUGAGCGCGACCACGCUCACUCGCCGUUUGACUGCGUGCCCCGUGCCAACGACCACCGCGGUGAGCCCACACAGGGCGGGAGGGCGGGCCGCAGUGCCUCGGUCACUGGGGGCAGUUCAGAUGCUGUGAAUUAAACCUGUUCUAAGUGUACUUGUUUGGAUUAAUUGUAUUGUAAUAUUAUUUGUUGAAUGUAGUAAUUAGGUAUUUAUGAAUAUAUUGCUGUAAUUUCUGACGACAUCCAAAAAAAUAAAAUCUUCCUGAAUCAUG